AUGGAUAGGCAACCAGAAAGCUUUACUGGUCUUUCGGAGUGCUUGUUGCACUGGAUCGGUGCGGCCUACGACCACAUCGUUGCUGAUUGGGUUGAAGAGACCACUUAUGCGAUCAACAAUGCGACUCUAGAGGCUAGGCUUUAUGAUGAUUUCAACUCCAUGGGAGGCUCGGCUGGCUUCCGAUCUAUCUUUCCCGGCUGCGGAGAAGAGAAUCACCAGGAAUUGAUCUCCAUCGCUCAGAAAUAUGACCAUCAUGGUGUCUUCCAGACUUUAAUGCCCGGUGGCUUCCAAGUGUUUUAA